GACCGCCCUGCGCUCUCUGGAGACGCGCCGCCCGCGCCAGGGUGGUGCCAUGUGGGGCGGUCGCCGCUCAUCCGUCGCCUCCCGGAACGCCGCUUCGCUCCUGCAGCUGCUGCUGGCCGCGCUGUUGGCGGCGGGGGCGAGGGCCAGCGGCGAGUACUGCCACGGCUGGCUGGAUGCGCAGGGCGUCUGGCGCAUCGGCUUCCAGUGUCCCGAGCGCUUCGACGGCGGCGACGCCACCAUCUGCUGCGGCAGCUGCGCGUUGCGCUACUGCUGCUCCAGCGCCGAGGCGCGCCUGGACCAGGGCGGCUGCGACAACGACCGCCAGCAGGGCGCGGGCGAGCCUGGCAGGGCGGACAAAGACGGCCCCGACGGCUCGGCAGUGCCCAUCUACGUGCCGUUCCUCAUCGUUGGCUCCGUGUUUGUCGCCUUUAUCAUCUUGGGGUCCUUGGUGGCAGCCUGUUGCUGCAGAUGUCUCCGGCCUAAGCAGGAUCCCCAACAGAGCCGAGCCCCAGGGGGUAACCGCUUGAUGGAGACCAUCCCCAUGAUCCCCAGUGCCAGCACCUCCCGGGGGUCGUCCUCACGCCAGUCCAGCACAGCUGCCAGUUCCAGCUCCAGCGCCAACUCGGGGGCCCGGGCGCCCCCAACAAGGUCACAGACCAACUGUUGCUUGCCGGAAGGGACCAUGAACAAUGUGUAUGUCAACAUGCCCACGAAUUUCUCUGUGCUGAACUGUCAGCAGGCCACCCAGAUUGUGCCACAUCAAGGGCAGUAUCUGCAUCCCCCAUACGUGGGGUACACGGUGCAGCAUGACUCUGUGCCCAUGACUGCUGUGCCACCUUUCAUGGACGGCCUGCAGCCUGGCUACAGGCAGAUUCAGUCCCCCUUCCCUCACACCAACAGUGAACAGAAGAUGUACCCAGCGGUGACUGUAUAACCCAGAGUCACUGGCGGGUUCCUUUACUGAAGGGAGAGGAAGGCAGGGGUGGGUUCUCGAGGUGGAGGUCCGCACAUGUCGGUGGUAUUUAUGGCACGAUUCCUUUGGAUGGCUUCAUUUGCCCCCAGACUGUAUGAAAACAUCUCCACAUUAGCAUUUCUGGAUAUGUUUCAUCCAGGGUAUCGUUGAUUGAUGAUGGGAAACCGGCCUCAGCUGGAGAUGCCUGUGAUGUUGCUGAUGGGUAUGUAACCAAUGCUUGAGUUCAAGUGCCCUUGAGAUACGGUUGGCGAAAGAAUUUUAUAAACUGAUAAAUUAAGGGUUUUUAUUAUGUUGUUACUAUUAUUUCUUUUUUG